CGGAAGAGACCAAAAGACAGAAGUCAUUUCAAAACCCCAGGGUUGUGCAGAUGAUUCAAUCUGUGUGCAUUUGCAGGGUUCUCCUCCUCCAAAACCGUUAUCAGCCACUCCUUACGUCUCCUGCUGGCUCUUUCUUCUCCUCGUUUCUCUCUUUGUGGCAAACAGCCCCCACCCUGAACACCAGGAGAAGUCUUUUUCAACCAAAAGAGGAGAUGCCCCCUCAGCCACAGGUGAAGAGAAGUUUCCCGGAAUUCCUCAAGAGCUUUAUCGGGAUUGUACGGGUCCUCCAGAUCCUGCUGGGAGCCGGGCUUUGGGUCACCAUCGCAGCCAACAAGUAUGAAGGCUCCAUUCACUAUGUGCUGUUUGUGGCUGUGCUUUUCUGGCUCCUCACAUUAGCCAUCUUCAUCCUCACGCUUCUGGACAAGCAGGACCUCGUUCCCAUCGUCGGAGGAGACCGCUGGUUGUUGAGCAACACCAUCCACGACGUUGCUGCCACUCUGUUGUAUCUGUCCACCAUUGGGAUCAUGAUCUACAAAACCCAAAAGAACUCCUACUGCAACCUGGACGUCUACAAACAUCACUGCUUGUACAAGGUCUACCUCACUGCCUCCAUCUUCGCCUGCCUCACCGCCAGCGUCUAUCUGCUCUCUGCCAUCUACUGCAGCUACAGGAAAUGUCGAGGUGAGCAGACGGUUGUAUGAAAAACGACUGCAUCCCUCACACCCUGCAACAGCGAGACCUUUUGGCAAGCUUUUUUGAGACUUAUAAGUCCUUUUUUUAUCAAAGCAGAGGGUUGGUCCUCUUGUCUCAGACUUUCAGGUUUGUUGCUUUUUAUACAGUAAUUUAUAGAGCUUUUGUACUGCAGUCACACUUAAGUCUAUUUUACAUUUGUUUGUAUGUUGCUGGAGCUCUCUAUAUAAGUAGUUUUUAUUUUAUUUUUUUGUAUUGUGUAACUGACAACUCAAAGAGCAGUUUGUUGCUUGGCGAAACCAUGUAUUUCAAUUUUUUUUUUUUUUUAACCUUUUGAUAUGACAAAAUGUGUACGUAUGCGUGACUGUUUGACGAUCCUAGAAUGAACUGCACCGCAUCAAAGAUCUUCACUUCUUCAGCUUUUAAAGGGGGAAAAUAUUUAAUGCAGACAAUCACGUUUUAGAACUAAGUGUAAUAUGUGGUUAUUAACAAACUGUUAUUAAGAAAGAAAUAAAGAACAUGCAACUUGAUUUCUGUGUUUUUUUAUGUUUAAAUAAAUGGUUUCCUAAUAAGCUUUGGUGAACUUAGGAAUAAAGGCUGUAAUACACCAGCCAGACCAAAAUAUUAUGUACUCUUGUGUUGGUCGUGGGUCAUGUGCAAAGAACAGAGAUGUUGGGACAGCUGCCCAAUGCAGUCAUGAGUUUUAGGAGGAAUACAGUGCAAGUCCAAACCACAAAUUGUGUGUGAAUGUGUUUCUACAUUUCAGAAUAUUAUGUCAUAACUCAUGAUGCCCUAUGUAUUGGAUGAAAAAUACAGUAAAACUGUAAUAUGACAAUUAUUACAUAAUUGUUACAGUUUAACAAUUUACAACUAUAUUCAUUUAUUUUUAUUUUUCCAUUACUCUAGUUUCCAGUGUCACAUG